AAAAAGAAACUAAACAGCCUGCGAAACCGAUUGCCCAUCUCCACUCCCCUCACAGCCUACAUUUCGUAGAGUAGUAAAAGAAACUAAAAUCCAAUGGCGUCGUCGCUGAAGUACGUGCGCGUGCCGCCGAACUCGGCUAGUCUGGCGGAGGCUCGUCAGCGCGUGUUCGAGUUUUUCAAGACUGCGUGCAGAUCCAUCCCAUCCAUCAUGGAAAUCUACACCCUGCACGACGUCGUUGCCCCCUCCCACCUCCGCUCCACCAUCGCCUCCGAGAUCCGGAAGAACGCUCAUGUUACUAACACUAAGGUUAUUGAUAUGCUGCUCUUCAAGGCAACAGAGGAACUGAGUAACAUCGUGGAGCAUGCAAAGCAGCGACACCACAUUAUUGGUCAGUAUGUUCUAGGUCGUCAAGGCUUAGAUGUAGGAACCAAGGAUCAGGGUGUGUCCGAUUUCCUGAAAAAUUUCUACAAGAGCAACUACUUCUGAUUCCGUUUCCCUGUUGAUAUGCCUGCUCCUGCUGCUGCUAGUAGAACUGGUAAUAAAGAACUUAGUUUAUUGAACAACUAUUUUCUGCUCGAAUUUCACUAAGCUGUGAUUUUAUCUAUUUUACUACAAUGCAUGUUAUGAAAGAGCGCUGAGUUUACUCAAGAAACGGGGAAUUGAUUUCUUUUGCUUUCAUUUGGUAGAAUUGAUUUCAUUUCAAAUUCA